UGACCAUUCUUCAACCGAUGUCAUACAUUUCGUCACUUAAUCUGCUCAACGCAGAUUCACCUGCUCCCAUUAAUGAAGAAGUAUUUCAGGACGACUUAGCUCUUUGGGCUAAUGCACAGUUUAGUUUCGACACCACGCCUGGUUCUGCUCUUGGAGACGAGGAUAAAAAAGAUGAAGAUCUUUUUGAAACUCUAUCAAAACUCGCACAACUUGUUCAACCCAAUACGAUUCAUCAAAACAAUAAUGAAUUUUACCCUCAAUCUGCUAUUUUGCCUAGAAUUGCGCCAGCACCUGGACCCACCAGUGCUUUACAACUUUUGGAGAACAAUAACAUGAUGUUGAGCAAUAACAAGAAGCGUAACGUAUCUGACGUCAUUGAUGAUGGAGACCUUAGCAUCGACGAUGACAAAAGACGUAGAAACACUGCUGCUUCAGCUCGAUUCCGUAUGAAGAAGAAACUUCGUGAACAAGCUCUUGAAAAGACAACCAAAGAAAUGGCCGACAAUGUGGAGAAACUGGAAUCCAAAGUGAAGGAGCUUGAAAUGGAAGCUAAAUGGCUUCGUGCCCUUGUAGUUGAAAAGGAUCCUAAACUUUUGGACAAAGAAACUGCUGCUACUGAGAACUCCUAAAAAAAAAAAAAGUUAUUGCAGAGAGCCCAUCCCCAGUCUCUUCUGCAUGAUUUGUUAUAAAUAAACAAAAAUUCGGAAUAAAACAAAUGAAUCGAUAUACCAACCUUUUUUUCCCACUCCAUAUUUGCACUGUACUCUUUGUUUCUCUUCAAUGUUUUGUUUUCGGCUAAAUUACGUUAUCUAUGAUUCAAUUUGCGUAAUCCCCAAUCGUACUGAUUGGUUGGAAUUUUGACAUACAUGUGUUUGUCCUAUCAGGUUAGUCGUGUCAUCUCAAGCAAAAAAAAAAGCGACGGUUUUUUAAAUAAAAGAUUGGGUAUUAUUGUCUAUAAA